UUUCUCUUGGAGAUCCGUGGACUAAUUUUCUAGGGUUUUCUGUUCUCCGAUCUUGGAGUUGCUUGCCUUCCAUUUUUGACAAAUUGAAGUGCUAUUGAGCCUCAUGAACCUUUAUGAUCCUUCUUUUGAUUCGAUACAAGCGUAAAGCUUAGAUCUUUCACAAUUUCUUGUUGUAUUUGGUUAUGCGGACUGUAAUUUUGCGGGUUGUGAGCUUAUAAUCGUUUGUCAUGCUGUUGGUUGUUCUAAGACCAUGGAAAAGCAAGACUUUUUCAGGAUCUAGAGGGUGCCGCAUCCGAUACAUCAGCUUUUGCAAACUAUAAUGGCGGACGAGGAACCAGUCGAUCCAAAGCAGUACCUUGAGGAAACUUGCAAACCAAAAUGUGUUCGGCCUUUACGUGCAUAUCAGAUUGCAAUGUGCAUGCUUAAAUUCAUGCAGGCAUGCGUUGAGAGAAUCAAAGGAGAUGAGACCGGGCAUAAGCAUUGCACUGGGCAGUAUUUUGAUUACUGGAAAUGUGUCGACGACUGUGUUGCACUGAAGCUUUUUGUCAAACUGAAGUGAUCGGGAAAAAUCUAUUGUUCACAAAUUUUCAGUCAGUUGCGGUUUUAAUUUAUAAUGGCAGGAUUAGUGGUUGUGGAAACCUUUGCAAGGAAGUAAUAAGGAACAGUUCUCUUGAAACAAUUGCUAUGGUGUUCCUGUGAUCAGCACUAAGAGCAGACUUAUUUCAUCAUUUAUUUUCAUCUGUAAUAUCAACUUUGACAUUUGUUUGGUUCCCAAUAUUUCGAAGUUGAGUGAAACUUUGGUCCUUUGGCCAACUUUUGAAGAAGUUUGAAUUUGAA